AUGGCAUCUUCACGCCCGGCGACAGCCGCUCUGCUGCGCGCACUGCGGCGGACGACCACGGGUCCACUCGCCCGACAGACCUCCCGCGCCGCUGCGACGCCACUGCUCCGGACGGCACCCGCAUCCUCACCCGCCGCAUGCCGCCAGCACUCGACAUUCUCCUCCGUCUCCCCCGAGGAGGUUGAGCACUUCAACACCCUCGCCGCCGACUGGUGGGACCCCCACGGCUCCUCGCGCCUGCUGCACCUGAUGAACCCGCUCCGUCACACCUUCAUCCGCAACUGCCUCGCCAGCCAGCCCGACGCGCCCUCCACGCCCGCCCGCUUCCUCGACGUCGGCUGCGGCGGCGGCAUCUUCGCCGAGAGCGCCGCCAGGCUGCCAGACACGACCGUCGUGACCGCCAUCGACCCGACCCCGGGCGUCCUCGCCAUCGCGAAAGGCCACGCCCGGCGAGACCCGGCGCUGAGGGGCAAGCUGGAAUACAAAUCGGCCACGAUCGAGACGCUGCCGCUCCCCGCCACGCCGGCGGACCAGUACGACGUCGUCUCCGUGUUCGAGGUCGUCGAGCACGUCUCGUCGCCCGCCGAGUUCCUCGACCGGUGCGCGCCCUUCGUCAAGCCCGGCGGGUGGCUCGUCGGGAGCACCAUUGCGCGGACCUGGGUGAGCUGGUUCACGACGAACCUGAUCGCCGAGGACAUCCUGGGCAUCGUGCCCAAGGGCACGCACGACUGGCGCAAGUACAUCAACGACCACGAGCUCAAGGCAAUGUUCAUGGGCAAGGGCUGGGAGAUGCCCCGCAUCAUGGGCGUCGUUUACGUGCCCGGGCUGGGCUGGAAGGAGGUCCAGGGCAGCGAAAAGGUCGGCAACUACUUCUUCGGAGUGAGGCGGGCGGCGUGA